GUGUAUGUUGGCGGCGUCCUCUGAGGAUGAUGCUGGCUGCCACAACAUACAAUCAGCUGUCUGCAACAAUAAAUUAAAAUAUUAGUUAAUUUUGCUAGCUGUCCACUGAAAACAACCACAUUAUCAUCCUGUUCUUCAAUCUUGAUUUGUGUAAGGUCCAUUAAUCAAAAUUGGAGCAUGGUUUUUUGACAAUUAGAGUAUGAAUGCUGCAACCAUGAAAAAAUCAUUUCUCAAAUCUCCAAGAUUUCAUUGGUUGCUUGGGGCAACGAUUGGUAGUGGAGUACUUCUAACAACCUUAACCAGAAGAAAACGAAAUGGAGAGAAUUUUUUUGAUUUACGUAGUGCGAAUUGUAACGAAAGCAUUGGAGCAGAAAAGACGGUAAACAAAUUAAAAAAUCGGCUCUCCAUAAGGUCAUGGUCGCAGCAGGAGUUAAAUGAAGCCAUCACAAAGUCAAAAGAUUUAAUCAAAAGAAUAAAGGUUGAAACCUGUUCCCCUGGUAUUGUUGUUUGCGUCAGCGUUGAUGGAGAGACGGUAUGGAGUGAAGGUUUUGGUUAUGCGGAUGUUGAAAAUCGGGUUCCAUGCACGCCCAAAACUGUGAUGCGGACAGCCAGCAUUAGCAAACCACUAGCAAUGGCAGCAGUUGCAAAGCUUGUUGAAGAAGGAAAGCUUGAUCUCGACAAACCCAUCCAACAUUAUCUCCCAGAGUAUCCAGAGAAAAUGUGGAAAGAUGAAAAAGUUACUAUAACAACUAGACAACUUGUUUCCCAUCUGGGAGGAAUCCGACACUAUAACAAGAAAUACAUGACAGAAGCUCAGGACGGUGGUUCAAAGAAGGAGAAACAAAAGGAAGAAGCAGAUAAAAAUGAGAAAAAGGACAAAAAUAAUAUAAAAGGAAAGCAAACGAAAGUGAAACCAACUGGUGAUUCUGUUUACAAGGAAUUUUUAAACAAAAGUGGCUGUCCAACCAUUACCAAGGCAUUGGAAUUGUUUAAGAAUGAUCCUUUGAUUAAAAAACCAGGUACUGAAUUUUACUACACUACUCACGGUUGGACAUUAAUCAGUGCAGUGGUUGAGGCGGCUUCAGGGAAGGAGUUUAUCAAAUAUAUGUCUUCCAUAUUUUCCGAUUUAGGCCUAGAAUCAACUCAGCCCGAGUAUCACAAAACACUUAUAUACCAUAGAGCAAGACAGUAUUCCUUGAAUGAUCGUGGUCGUUUAGAGAAUUCCCCGUAUGUUGACAAUUCUUGCAAGUGGGCAGGAGGGGGGUUUAUUUCGAAUGCCCCAGAUCUGGUCAAAUUUGGAAAUGCAAUGCUGUAUAGUUACCAAUAUAAUGCAAAUCAUCAAGCUAAUUGUGUACUACCAGGAUACCUCAAACCAGAGACUAUUACAAAUGUAUGGACACAAGUGGACAAUACAAAAUGUACUUGGGACAGUGAAGGCUCUUAUGGUAUGGGUUGGUGUGUAGUUGAUUAUCACCAGCAGUAUGGAUCAUGUAGACUAAGUAAAAAUGUUUUGUCGCACACUGGAGGCGCUGUAGGUGGUAGCAGUGUGUUAGUGGUAAUUCCAUCAGUUUGUAGCGAUGAUGUAGAGGGGAAAGAAUGCAACCAUGUCUUCCGAAAAUCACUUCCAACUGGGGUGGCAGUAGCCAUUCUAGUGAACAUGGAGUCUGUAAGUUUGUACAAGACUGCUGUUAAAAUUGGUGACAACUUCAAACCUUUUUGCUGCAACCAGGCCAGAACAUGAGUUCUGUACUCAAUACUAGUAUAAUUAUAGUAUAGUAAUAAAUUUGGGCCAGUAAUAAUAUAAGAAUACAGAUAAUACUACGUAUAUUUAUAUGUGAUACGUAAAUGAUUGAAAGUUAACAAUGGUAAUUAGUCAUUUAAAAAAAAUUUAACUUAAUUAUACAGUACUAGGCAAAUGUUCAGUAGAAAUCUACUGUUCUCUUCCAUUGGACACAGUUUAAUUAUUUAAUGCCACUCAGUUUAUUACUUCUAUCAUAAUUAUGAAGAUGACAAUGUUGCAAAGAAAGGACAUAGUGGUGUCAGGCAUGUGGGAAUUCCAUAUUUUUUUCACUUGUUCCAGGACAUGUACCUUUGAAAAAUUUGCUUGUCCUGAAGACAAUUAUUAUUAUUACGUGUCCCAAUUGAGCAGUUAUCAUAAAAAGUAUAUCAAACAAAAGUAAAGUAUUUUUCCAUUCUAACUUAUGUUGGCCAUUAAUUGCUGUGGUCCUACGACAUCAAUACAUGCAUACUGCAAUAAGUACUUCGUUAAAUAUUUUAAAAAUACGGAAUUGCAUUAAAUUUGGGUGGGGAUGGCUUACAUCCUAUGAACAAUACAUGUGGUCUUCCAAAACAGUCCGAAAAUGUGGUUAGUCAAAUAUAUGCCAAAUAUCAAAUACAGUACCUAACAUUUUAUGGGAUUGAUCAUGCAAUGUGCCUAGCAGUUUAAAUGUAUGCAAGUGCCUAACUUUUAGUGUAAUGUUUAUUCCCACACCGUCAUUGCCAUACUAGCGGUAAAAACAGAUGAAUCCAUAAGGGUCUUAAAGCAUAAUUAAGGUUCAGGAAGUUUAACAAUAUUAAACAAUUAAGCAUUUUAAACAGUGAUUGCAAACUUGUUGCUUCUGAACCGCAAGUUCAGCGAGAGAUCGAGGAUGCCACCAACACACUAACUGUCUGAUAUCUACACGAUAUCGCUAUCAAAUUUAACUAAUAAUCAAGUAACAUUAUCAAAUAUGUGUCUUUGGUAAGAUGAUUUGGUGUAUUGCUUUAUUGUCAAGAUUUGAACGCUUCAACCUUCCACCAAUUUUCAUUUGCCAUCUACUAAAGUUGGAUCUAACUUCACCAGUGAACUUGUUAGUUUCAAUGCACUGCUUAUCUAUAAAGCAGGAUGGCUGAACAUACAUCAGCACAGUUUUCUCUGCAUUCUUUAAUUCAUGAACAGUUAUGCCUAUGGGUUGAAUACUGUUAGGGUUUUUCUUCCCUUUCACAUGUGGCGUUUUACCAUCGAAGACACGUUCCCUCAGAUUAGUUUUAUAUCUUAAAAUCACCUUGGUCGAUAACAUCCAACUGGAGUAUCACAUCAUUAAUGUGUUGAAAUGAUUAGCAUUGGUUUCAAUAUUAUGUUCUUCUGAUAAGGUAGUAUAAUACAUACUCCAAGUAUUAAUAUUAAAUCCUGACACGAUGGCAUGCAUUUUAAUGCAUCGUGUCGGGAUUCAAUAUUUCAACAUUAAUUAUGUCAUCUUUUGCGGGCAUUUCGAUAAUUGGAGUAUGUACUAUACUAUCUUAUCUGAGAUUAAUCAGUGGACCUUUCAGUUUAUGUUCUUCUGGAUCAUCAGGCAUUGUGGCCAUUUCGACUUAUCUUCCUUCAGAAAUGUGGGGCCACAUUUCACUUGAUAUCUUUCCUGCUGUCAUUCCUCGAGAUGCUCGAUCAGCAAGGUUCUUGGCUAAGUUUACAAACUUCCACUGGUCAAUACUCAUUCGGCUUAAUAUUGCAGACACUCUGUUGCCUACAUAGGUUUGAAACGACUGUUCUCAUUUUGUACAGUAGAUACCUGAGCACGCAUUGGUCAAUUUGUAGUUCCAAAUUCUCGUUUGACCAUUGUAUCAUUCUAGAUGAGCUUUAAAAAGUGUUGCUUGUAAUUCUAGCCUUGGUAUUGUGUGUGCUUUGAUUGGUGCAAGUCAAGACUUGGCUGCAACAAAUGUGCAUCCUACCAUUUCACCUUUCUGGUAAUGAUAUGAAGCAGGUCCUUAACUUAUGGACGAUGCAUCACCAAAGUUAUGAAGUUCAUGGUGAACAACUUUACUCAUUUCUGCCGACUUGUAACACCGUCGAAUUCAUAAAUCUUUCAAAGUUUCCGCAUUUCUCUGUGGUAAGCUAACCUAGGCCUGGAUGAGACAAGCUGAUGAUCCUCAAUUAACUACUAAUUUUACGAUAAAUGUAUAAGCAGUCAUGUAUUAUGCUUCUUAACAUAGUCAAUAAAAUAAUUAAUAAACCAACUGAUAAAUGUAUCAACAUACAUCAUUUUCAGAUACGCCUGAAAUUACUUAAAAUUGAAGACAAAUUCAUUGAUGACUGCCGUUUCUUCACAAACAGUAACUUGUUUCAAGUAUGGAAGGCCAAAUCAGAAAUAAAGUAAUGUUAAUUUAACAUAAACUCAAGCCAUAAUAUGGUGGUAGAAUCUACAUUUUCAGUUGUCAGUUUCCAAAGAAAACUUUGGCAGGUUAGCUAUGUUGAGUUAAUUAGUUCCGAAAAUGUGAUCUCUCUAAUAAUAAUAUUACCAAAUAUUUAUAUAGUGAUCAAAGGCGCUGAGCGUUAUUACUCUGGUCACUGGGUAACAUACAAUGGCAAGCCAGCACAUAGUGCAACCGUCUGUACUCCUCGGGGAGUAUACCUAGUCGUGCGCUACAGUACUUGUUUAGCGCACAAAACUAGUACAUCAACGCCACAACAUCCUACCAUGUACACAUUUAUUGGCAUCGUUUUAUCUCAAACAACUACCGGAGCAGCGAAGACUAUGGGGUCAGAUAGACCGUUAAUCUUGGAUAAAACGCCUCGUUCUGUGAAUGGUUUCUCGUCCGCUGAGAUUGAUAAAGUGAAGAAGUCAGCCUUCAAGUCCCAAUAGACGUGGAUUGUCAAUGUUGAGAUCUAAAUAUUUGAGAUCGCUAGCGUGGUCGUUGGUGGGAAAGGCUUUCAUAACUUUCAUACUUUGGAUGCGAUUUUUUGCAACCUCGAAUAAGUAGGUAGUGACUUUGAUCUUUUUCAACUUCCACAGUUAGUCGUAGACCAAACGUCGCCAUUGCUGGUUGUACUAUUCUCUCUUUCUUUUGACACCAAGUUGUAUUUAGUACUAAAACACACAGAGUUACAAGUCCACACAGGAUACCUUGUCAACGUGGCUGCCAGAACACAUGGACAGCAUUAAUGUGUGCUCAGUUAUCCAGCCGCUUUGGUAGGCUAAUACAAAGACAUCUGAUGUUUUACUAUAUUGGCAUCUUGGUUGUUGUUCUGAAACCAUAAAAAAGGUAGACGUGAAUGAGAACCUUGUUAGGGAUGUUCCCUUGAAUUCGGCACUUGGGUCAAACACGACUCUU